CUAAAAAUAUAAGCAAUUUCGUGAACUCUGUCUGCUACACGCAGCUCAAUGCAAGUGCAUCCAGUGUGCGGUGUUUUGAUAGGGAAACCUGCUCAGUGUCCAUGGCCUCCAAAUGUAGCAAGACGUUAUGGGAAAUUAAUAAUGAAAUCAUAUUUUUUAUGUUUUGAAAAUAUUGUCUAGUGGAUAGGCACCGGUUUCCUUAUUCGGUUUUGUAGACAGUCAGAACGUUAAAAGUGAGUCUGCAAACCAACGUCCAGCCUAUUCCACUGAUCAGCGAGCGAAAUGGACGCUACGUAGAUAGACAAACGUGAUGAUCUAUGGCAAUUUAGAUUUUCAUAUUGACGGUGGGGAUCCCUUCUCUGAAAUGAAGUUUAUCAAGCACUCAUCUCUUCAUGGAUUUUUUUAUGCUGGGGAAAAUCGAUUUCGCGGACCCUGCCUGCCUUCUGGUCGUACAAGUGCCCGUAAACAUACAUCCAUCACAUAUGUUCACACAGGAGCUGUGGAGGGGAGAUGACGGCCAUGUACAAAGACGACCAGGGUGACUGGAUGACCGUCUGCCUCAAGUACCUCCUCUUCGUCUUUAAUGUCCUCUUCUGGGUUGGUGGAGCGGCGGUGAUGGGCGUGGGCAUCUGGACCCUGAUAGACAAGAGUGAUUACCUGAGCCUGCUGGCCUCCAGCACCUUCGCCGUGUCCGCCUACAUCCUCAUCCUGGCCGGGGCCCUGGUCAUGGUCACGGGCUUCCUGGGCUGCUGCGCCGUCAUCAGGGAGCAGAGGAGCUGCCUGUCCACGUAUUUCUGCUGUCUGUUAUUGAUCUUUCUCAUAGAGCUGGUGGCAGGAGUCCUGGCCUACGUGUAUUACCAGAGGCUCAGUGAGGAGCUGAAGCAGCACCUGAAUGAGACCAUGACAGAGAACUACGCCCAGCCAGGGAAAGAGGCCAUCACCCUGGCUGUGGACAGACUACAGCAGGAUUUCAAGUGCUGUGGCAGCAACAACUCAUUUGAUUGGCUGCAUAGUGUGUACAUGACCUCGGCUGUGUCGGAGGGCAGGGUGGUCCCGGACAGCUGCUGUAAGACCAUCACCACCCUCUGUGGCCGCAGAGACCACCCCUCCAACAUCUACAAGACUGAGGGUGGCUGCAUCACCAAGCUGGAGCAGUUCCUGGCUGACCACCUGCUGAUCAUCGGAGCUGUGGGGAUAGGAGUGGCCUGUCUACAGCUGGCCGGGGCCAUGUUGACGGCCUGCUUUAUCUAUCUGCUGUAUAAAGAAGAGGAGGAGGACUUCUCUGCCGUGUGAUUGGCUAAGCCUCUGUCUGGUCACACUCAGUGGGGACGGGACAAGAUCUGUGGGAUGGUGUUCACAUGCUGCUUACACAGAAGGAUUAAGUUGGAUCCUUACUGAACCCUACCGUCAAGCCCCCCCAACACCAUCCUGCCUCAUGGGCCAGGGAGCAACGAUGCCUGCUGAACACUCAACCUUGACCUCUAACCCCUCCUAACCUCUGAACCUUACGAUCCAACCCUGCCUGGACCCUCCUGAAUCCUUCUGCACCCCUCCCUUGGCUUGGAUGCAUGCAUAGCCCCCCCCCCCCCCCCCCCCCCCUCUCAAAGACAAGGCCAAUGAAGAAGAGAUGAUUUGGUAUUAUGGUAUUGUUAUUUUCUGUAGGUAACCUACUGCUGUUUAUGUAAGGUAGCUCUUACUGUAUGUUGUCAAUACAGUCAAAUCCUUACUGUAGAUUUCACAACAUUCCACACAACUGGAAGGCAACCCGAAGUGGUUGUGACUGAGAAUCAAGUGUACUGUACACACUCUCAUGGUGUUGCUGCUUACGAAGGGUUAUUCAGUUAGUGCUAUAUCCAGUGUGUCACGGAUGUGGCCCCCAACGUGCCUCUGUCAUUGUUUUAUCACGUAUUCUUUGAUAGCAAUGUUACACCAAUGUAAUGGUUCACCACAAAGGGAAUCCCAUGGUCAAUCGAUGUUUGAUCUACGUCACAAAGAAAACAAUCAUGAGUUGAUUGAUAUCCACAGAAUAAUCAAGCAGAAAUGGGGAAAACCUAUACUUGAUAUGAAUGAAAACAGCACUAAACGCUGCUAAGAGUAACGUUGCAGCAUUUCUGUAUGUGUUGCCUCCGUAGUUUGACUAACACAUCUGGUUCUGUGUUGUAUGCUAUGCUAAAGGUGUUGAUAUCGACGAAAUCGCCUUUCUUGCAGUACCAUAUAAACCUACCACUCAUCUUUCAAUACCAGGACCAGUUGACUUGUUUUACGACCACUUUUAUUAUGCUGGAGAAACAUGUUGUGAUUUACUACUGAUACAGGGUCAGAUCUUUCUCUGUCACGCUACUGGUUAAGAUUAGGAUUCAGGGGUUAUGGGUGACUUCUAGUUGAACGGGAGAGGUUUGAACUGUCAUGAGUCAGUCCUCUCCUCUGGUGUGGGUUAGUAUCCCCAUCCAGUGGUAGAUAUUGGUAUAUACUCCUGUGCAGUGCUCCUGUAGUAUUCUGUGUAAGGUUGCAAAAUUUGGAGAACUUUCAAUAAAUUCCCUGGUUUUCCAGAAAUCCUGUUUGGGGGAUUCCGGAUUGUCUGCUUAUGUCUGACACGUUUCCACAAGAGGACACUUUCAAAGAGAGCAUUCAUUGGCUUGACUAUUGUCAAGGACACAUUCAAAUAGUAUUGGUUGCCCAUUACCAAGAUAGGACAUGGGUCUUUGUUUUUUAGGAGUGCUGGUAAUUCAGCUGACCAGUUCCAGUUGAUACAAUGACAACAAUCCUUUGUCAAAGUUCUAUGGAUGUUUUGCUGUUUUCCAAGACAUGUAGACCCUUAUACAGAUGGUAUUUGUUCUAUUCCUCCUAGUGACCAACAGAAAGCUGUUCUUGUUGUUCAUGUAUUUUUCUAAUCGAAAUGGGUCAAAAUAUGAUAUAACAUUAUAGUAUGUUUAAUAUAAAAUAUCUAAUAAAACAUAUAUGAUCUGGGCUCUUUCUAUACUGUAGACUGUAGUAAUCAAAGUAUACCUUUGUCUGUUUAACAACAAUGUCAUAAUAGCUUUUGAAUUGAUGUUGAUGGUAGUCUUUAACCAGAUAGACUUUAUUUGUGUUUCCUACAUCAUUCAGUGGUUUGGUAUUAUUAUUCCCUGCCGGUCUCUUUGCAUCAAGGUCUUGAAUGUUUUGUUACAGUAUAUGACUAUUGCUACUUUAAGACAUCAUAAAAUGUUGAUAUUUAAACUCUGAGAUAUGAAGAAGGUUAUACGUGCACAGACCAUGUUUGAAAGAAGUGCAUAUGGAUGGGCACAUUCAUCUUCAGCGACAUGUAGUCUAUCUUUUAAGAGUGGUGCAAGGUAAACAAAUCUGUCAAUGUGCCCUUGAGCAAGGCACUUUAGCCCAAUUGCUCCUGUAAGUCUCUCUGGAUAAGAGCGUCUGCUAAAUGACUACAAUGGAAAUGUUUGUCAAAGCUGAUGUGACAAUGGUAUUGGGAUGCACUGUGUGACUUGUUCUAUACAAUAUGACUACAUACAUGGUUUCUAAACCUUACUCAAUAAAUAUAAUACUAUAUUACUGAA